GUUGAUCGUCCGAAAUCAGCUCCGAAAUGAUCUCCGCGGUAAAAAAAAAAAAAACAUUGACGCAAUAAUGAUUACGAUCGCUCAGAAUCAUUUGGUUCCAACUUCCAAGCCAGAUAUCCGACGCCCCUUGGGUUCUGCUCUCCAACGUUCCAACGUUCUUCGACCUGUCAUACGUACAUGAUAAGCAAUAAUGCCGGACAAUGGACGCGUAAGAUGGUGACGUGGCCGUGCCGCCUCUUGAAUAUCUCCCCGCGAUCGGGCAAUUUAAGGAGAUGGUUAAGAUUGGGGCAGACUGCAUUCAAUAUCAUCUCCCUUCAUACUCCGCCUCAUACGACCGAAUAUGUCAAGUCCACAAGGAAUGCUGUUUGUGUCAUCGGAGGUUUCGCCUGAAGUGACUGAGGAGCGUUUGGACGACUGGUACGACAACGAGCAUGUCCCGAUCCGAUUGAAGGUUCCUGGGCUGAAAUCUGUCGCCCGUUACAAAGCGUCCGACGCUCAACUCCCUACCUGGCUCACGUUGUACAACUGCGAUAACGUGGCCGUAGUUGGAUCUGAUGCGUACACAAAGCUUGCUGCGCUGGCCUCCGACAACGAGAAAGACAUCUCGUCCAAGAUGAUUGGUGUGAGCCGGCGCGUUUACGAGCAGUUCUGGUCCCAGACCGCUCCUGGGGUAACCGACGAGGAUCUGCCGAGCAAGUUCAUCUUGAUGGGUGGGUUGGACAUCGCUGCGGAGGACGAGGACGAUCUGAAUAAAUGGUAUGUCGAGGAGCACAUAGAUUUGAUCGCCAAAGUCCCCGGCUGGAAACAGUGCCGGCGAUACAAGAUCGUCGAGUAUAACCAAUUCGGCGCUGUCAUGGAAGGCAAACCGGUCUGCAAGUAUCUCGCCAUCCACGAGUUCGACAAGGGUGGAUUCCUCGAGACGCCCGAGCUGCGGACCGCAACCGGCACCGAUUGGGCGAAGAGCGUGGUGUCCAAGUUUGUCCAGCACGAGUUGAGAGUGUUCGAGUUGCACAAGAGCUUCAAAGCUUGAGCAAGCAUCUGUCUGAUGGUCCUCGAAGAGCCGUUUCGUGUUGUUUGACUGAGCGGUACAUAUCAGUCCUUUUG